UCAGAAUAAACCCUGCAAACAAGAACAUAAAAUUAUAAAUUAUAAAUAUAAAUUAUCAAACGGCGGAAAAUAGUGAACCAGAGACACCAAGUUCACUCGAGGCGAAGUUUCUCCGCUAUUUUUGGCGGAUAAAUAAGCAGAUACCCUAAUAUUAUCACCCCUUAUUCUUCUUCCUCCUCUUCUGCUCGAUAAGCCUUUUGCUCUGUGCCCUAAUUUUCUCUCUUUGCUCUUUUUGGGAUUUCAGUUUCAGAGAACGUUGAGGGACUAUGUAGAGGGAUAUACAUUGGUAACUGGUUUCUCUUUCUUUGUCCUUCGCAAUGGCUGCUGGCCAGCAGAAGCGGCGAUUAAAUGGUGCUAGUGUCCUACACUGUAAUAUACUAGAGCAACACAAAGAAAAGAAGAGAAAGACCAUGGAAUUAUCUCAAGGUAUAUUGAGGAUGAGGCCUCACAUUUCCUUGGGGUGGGACAAGGCUCAAAACAAAGUGAUUGCAAAGAGGGAACAAGUUGGUAUAGCUAUGAGAGAUCUUUUGCCUUAUGUUGACCCUGUUCCUCAGUCUUGCAAAGUCGUGGCAGAUGUUCUAAGUGUCCCUGAAGAAAUCUAUGAUCUCGACAACAUAGUUGAAAUCCUCUCAUACGAGGUUUGGCAGUCAUGUUUGACAGAAACUGAAAGAAAGUUUCUCAGUGAGUUUCUUCCAUCACAUACUGAAGUAGAUAGUGUAGUGCAAGCAUUACUUACUGGGGAAAAUUUUCAUUUUGGAAAUCCUCUCCAGACAUGGGGUCCUUCACUUUGUUCUGGUGGCAAUCAUCCAGAUGCUGUUCAUAACAGGGAGAUGAUUUUUAAGGCUAACAAGAAGGCUUACUACUCGGAGUUACAAACACAUCAGAAUAACCUUUUGGAGAUUCUGACAAGAUGGAAGGAGAAGUGGUUAAGCUGCGAGGAUUCCGAAACAGAUAUUAUUCAGAAAAUACAGAGGUACUCACAUGUGCAUGAGGAGAACAAAACAUUGGAUGAUCUUCCCCUAGCUGAAUCUUGCUCCUCCAUCGGUGAUGAGGAUGUACAUACUGGUGAAGGCAAUAUCAUGGCUGAGAAAUGCGACAUUUCUAAAAAAAGGAAGGGGUUGAUUGAGUAUAGAAGUGGAAGUUCAUUGGCAGCUUCUGCAAGGACUGAAUUGGUGAAUAAUUUAAUGAAAGGAAGGAAACAGCCCAAACAUCUUCGGUCCGGCAAUCCAGCUUCCUAUAUAUCCUAUUUCAAGGUCACUCAAAAGCAACAUCAACUGGUUAAGAGCUUAAUCCGAUCUGCACAAGGAAUUAAGCUUAAUUCUCUUAACCGUGUGCUAGGUAGUGUAAAAAACCUUGACAUACAACCAUUGAAAGCUCUUGAAGAAGAGGAGAAGAAGAAGUUUGAUGAGAUUUGGAUGAAAAUCACUGAAAGAGAGCUCCCAGCGGCUAUAGCAGAUCGCAGAGACAGGAUGGCACAAGGCCAACAAUGGAGAGAGUCUAUAGGGGAGGAAAUCCCAGUGAAGAGGAAAACCAUAAUUGAUAAGGACCAAGACAAAGACUCUCCUAAAUACUCAUUCCAAGAUAAUGAUCCGGUAGAGGGUAAAGAGACCAGAACUGUUUCCUGCCCCAUUGAAGUGGAUGAUCAUGAGGACAACUCAGUUGCUCUGUGUCUCCCUCCCCAGACCUUGGAGCAUGGCCCUUCUCUAAACAGUCACCAUGAAACUAUCUUAAACACUGAGGAUGCAGAAGAUCCAAUGAAGAGAGCCCCGAGUUCUCCAGCUCUAACUCAGCUCAGCACGAACUGUAAUGAGAACAUGGUUAAUAGGGAUGUGAACAUUCCUCUGGCUAAUGGCUCCUGGCAUGAAGUGACUGAAUAUAAGCCCAAUUUUCAUUCAAGAUCUGAAUUCCCAGUCUUGCACCCCAACCGAACCGACCCUGAAAUUCUGACCACUUUCGAGCCGUGCCCAUACCCUAGCCCUGAAAGAAGUGAAGGCUUUGCACGAGCUUCCUCUCUAUCUCUAGGUCCACCAUUUUUCAAAGACCAGCAUAGAAGCCAAGCUCAAAAUGAGUCCAUUCUUCCAUUUCUGAAGGACCCACAUGUACCGCAAUUACUUGACCUCCAAAACCAGACUUAUGCUCAAAGACAGGAAUUUCUCCCACUGGAAUACAGGCAACGGGCCCCCCAUGUCUUGCUACCCAAUGGAGAGAUGUUGGUUCAAGAGGAUUUUCCCUCUCUGGAAUACAGGCAAGGCAGCCUUUUCAUGCUACCUCAAUGGAAUAAUUCCUUGCACUCACGGUCUACUUUCGAGAGGCCUGAUCAGUUUAUGAGGGGGAAUAAUGAGGAAAUGACAGAGAGAUGUGGUGAAGGUUUACAAUAUGUGUAUGGGGAGCAUCAUAUUGGUUACACGCACCAGACUGGUGGUCGUGGCCACAGGGCCAAUGGCAUGACAUGGGGCCCACUAGGCUCAUGUGCAGGCCCUGAAGUCUCUCACCAAAAUUCAGGCCUGCCGGACCUUAUCAGGAAAUCAUUUUUCUGAGGCAAAAUCUGCCAUAUUGAUUUCAUAGGUUUUGGAUGGGGUGGUCUAAUUUUGCCGGACCCUCGAGUGAUGGUUUUCAGAGAGUAUCGGUCCAAAGAGUUUUGAAGAGGAUGAAAUGUCUGUAUAUAAAAGGGUGUCAGUCAUUUUCUUGUUUGUUUUAUUUUAUGUUUUUUCUUUUUGGGUUUCUGGGGCAUGAUAAGUUAUGGGAUUCUACACAAUCCUUGUUCAGAGUCCCUGUGAUAAUGCCCCUUGAAGUUAAUAAGAGGCCAGAUUCAAGGCUUGGAUUUUUUUGGUCAGGGAUGCUUGGUAUGUCUAUAUCAUGGUUUAGAACUUUGCUAAAUUUUGGGUGGAACAUGGCUAAUGGCUAAUUCAUGUAAAUAAUCAAUAAGUUCAGUGGUC